AUGGAUAGCUUUGCAAGAGAUAUACUUGUACCAAAAGAUCCCGAAUUUAAGGAUAUUCCUACAUGUAUUUCCAGUGAUGAGAGAUAUAUGCCACAUUUUAAGGAUUGUAUUGGAGCUAUUGAUGGUACACAUAUUGCGAUAACCGUACCUGAAGAGGAUCAAAUUCGUUACAGAGGAAGCAAAGGGAUACCGACUACAAAUGUUUUAGCAGUGUGUGAUUUUGAUUUGUUGUUCACAUAUGUUUUAACAGGAUGGGAGGGAUCAGCACAUGAUUCUCAUAUUUUCCUUGAUACGAUCAAUGAUCCAAAUCUCAAUUUUCCGAAACCUCCAUCAGGUAAAUAUUACUUGGUAGACAAAGACUACCCGGAAAGAGAAGGUUAUUUAACGCCUUACACCAACACAAGAUAUCAUCAGUCUGAGUUUUGUUCAAACCCGAAGGGAUCUCAAGAAAUUUUUAACCGGGCUCAUUCAUCUUUAAGAAGUUGCAUUGAAAGGGCAUUUGGUGUUCUUAAGGCUCGAUGGAAGAUAUUGCAUAAAAUGCCAGGAUAUUCAUUAACAGAUCAAAAUAGAAUCAUUUGUUCAUGUUUUGCACUUCACAAUUAUAUUAGAAGAAACACGAUUGGUGAUCCGGGCUUUAAAAUUAUUGAUGCCAAUCCUGAAUUCAUACCUCCUGAUGUGUUUCAAGACGUUGAAAAUAAUUCUGCACAAGGUGAUGGGGAAAUGAGGACUCGAGAGAUGGCAAACGUUCGUAAUGAUAUAGCUUCAAGUUUGAUGGCAUCCAGACAUCGUUCUUAG